AUGGACCUGAGAGCAGCAGAUUCUUAUAAUACGGCUUACAAUUCAAUCGAUCGACUCGAUUCUAUAUUAUUUUUUUAUAAUUACCUCUCUACAUGGUCAAUUGGAAUAAUAUUCUCUCUAAUUCUUCCAAUACUAUACAUCUUUGCUCCAUCAUGUCUUCGUACAACACGUACAUCGAAUUUUAAUAUCGUUUGUCUUGUUUGUUUAUCAAAUAUGUUCUGCAUUUUUGCUCAAGUACGCAUCUUAAGUGAUGGAGGCGAACCAAAUUUACCGAUUCACCUAUGUCGAUUUACCGUUUUUAUGUCAACAUUUGCUAAGCCAAUGGGACUUUAUUUAACAUUAUUAUUUAGUGUUGAAAGAUUAUUUUCAAACAAUUUAUUUAGUUUUUUCUUAAACAAGAAUAAUUAUCGGUUAUGCUUUAAACGAUUUUACUUAUCAUUGAUACUGAUUGGUAUUAGCUCUAUAUUUUUGUUAAGAUUGUAUGAAGUAAUCAAUUUUGUUAAAAAUAAUCAAUCGGUAUCGAAUAGUAAUGCUAUUUCGCCAAAAACUACGAACAAUAGUUCAUCAAUGCAGCCAACUUUUAUCUUUUGUUUUCGUUCAUUAAAUUUUGAAACUUAUGCAAAAAUUUUAUCAUUUUAUUCAAUACAAUAUUGGUUUGAAUAUGUUAUUUUAAGUUUAAUUAGUCUAAUUCUAUUAUGUUUUGUAUUAAAUCAAUAUGGUUUACCUCGUUUCCACCAACGUACUCCAUCGCGUUUAAGUGUGAACACAAAAUUUUAUUUAUGUCUCUCGUCAUGUGUUAUUUUGUUUGAAUUAGUUUUACUAUGUUUACAUUUUAUUAUUACUAAGGAUGGCAACAAUAAUUCGACUGCACAAGUUAAUGCCUUGCAAACGAUGUUAUUUGUAUACAAUAUUCGUUGUAUUGCAUUACCAUUUGUUAUUUGUUUAAUAACAUGUAAUCCAUUAAAAGAGUGGAUUCAUGAACUUAUCAUUCUACGUCCGUAUCAAGAUAAACUAGAUGAAAAUGAUCAAACAAAGACAAUCAGUGAACGAUCAGAAACAUUUUUAUCCUCUGAAUAA